CAGCCGCGCGGCGCCGCCUCCUCCCCCCCCCCCCACCGCGGGGGCGGGGCCUCGCCAAGGGCGCAACCCCCAGCGGGGCGGGGCCUGCCGGGCGGCCCCGCCCCCUCAUGAAUAAUGCAGGAGGCGGGGGCUCAUAGCGGCCGGGGCGCGGGCACCGCCGCCUCCCCGCUGCGCCCCGGCCUGUCCCGUCCCGCCGCCGCCUCCCCGGGACCCCCAUCGCGACCCGGGACAUCGAGCCCAUCCCGGGACCCCCAUCCGGACCGGCACCUCCGUCCCAGGACCUCCAUCCGGACCGGGACCUCGACCCCGACCCGGCACAUCCAUCCCCUCCCGGGACACCCAGCCCAGCCGGGACCUCCGUCCCAUCCCGGGACCUCCAUCCCGGCGCGUCCCAUCCCGGGACACCCGUCCCCUCCCGGGACCUCCGUCCCAUCCCGGGACCUCCAUCCCAGCGCGUCCAUCCCAUCCCGGGACCUCCAUCCCAUCCCGGGACCUCCGUCCCGGCGCGUCCCACCCCGUCGCCCCCCCGGCCCCCCCCGGCGGCACCAUGUCGCGGCCGCUGAGCGACCAGGAGCGGCGGAAGCAGAUCAGCGUGCGGGGCCUGGCGGGCGCCGAGAACGUGGCCGAGCUCAAGAAGAGCUUCAACCGGCACCUGCACUUCACGCUGGUCAAGGACCGCAACGUGGCCACCGCCCGCGACUACUACUUCGCCCUGGCCCACACCGUGCGCGACCACCUCGUGGGGCGCUGGCUCCGCACCCAGCAGUACUACUACGAGAAGGACCCCAAGCGCAUCUACUACCUGUCGCUGGAGUUUUACAUGGGCCGGAGCCUCCAGAACACCAUGGUGAACCUGGGGCUGCAGAGCUCCUGCGACGAGGCCAUCUACCAGCUGGGCCUGGACAUGGAGGAGCUGCAGGAGAUGGAGGAGGACGCGGGGCUGGGCAACGGGGGCCUGGGCCGCCUGGCAGCCUGCUUCCUGGACUCGAUGGCCUCGCUGGGCCUGGCCGCCUACGGCUACGGCAUCCGCUACGAGUUCGGCAUCUUCAACCAGAAGAUCGCGGGGGGCUGGCAGGUGGAGGAGGCCGACGACUGGCUGCGCUACGGGAACCCCUGGGAAAAGGCCCGGCCCGAGUACGUGAUCCCGGUGCAGUUCUACGGGCGCGUGGAGCACUCGCCCGACGGCGCCAAGUGGGUCGACACCCAGGUGGUGCUGGCGCUGCCCUACGACACGCCGGUGCCCGGCUACCGCAACAACACGGUGAACACGAUGCGGCUCUGGUCCGCCCGGGCCCCCAACGACUUCAACCUCAAGGACUUUAACGUCGGGGGCUACAUCCAGGCCGUGCUGGACCGGAACCUGGCCGAGAACAUCUCCCGCGUGCUCUACCCCAACGACAACUUCUUCGAGGGCAAGGAGCUGCGGCUGAAGCAGGAGUACUUCGUGGUGGCGGCCACCCUGCACGACAUCAUCCGCCGCUUCAAGUCCUCCAAGUUCGGCUGCCGCGACCCCGUGCGCACCUCCUUCGACGCCUUCCCCGACAAGGUCGCCAUCCAGCUCAACGACACCCACCCGUCGCUGGCCAUCCCCGAGCUCAUGCGGAUCCUCGUGGACGAGGAGAAGCUCAGCUGGGACAAGGCGUGGGACGUGACGGUGCGGACCUGCGCCUACACCAACCACACGGUGCUGCCCGAGGCCCUGGAGCGGUGGCCGGUGCAGCUGCUGGAGGCCCUGCUGCCCCGGCACCUGGAGAUCAUCUACGAGAUCAACCAGCGCUUCCUCGACCACGUCUACGCCACGUUCCCCGGGGAGCACGAGCGGCUGCGGCGCAUGUCGCUGGUGGAGGAGGGCAGCGUGAAGCGCAUCAACAUGGCGCACCUCUGCAUCGUGGGCUCCCACGCCGUCAACGGCGUCGCCCGCAUCCACUCCGAGAUCCUCAAGAACACCGUGUUCAAGGAUUUCUACGAGUUGGAGCCCCAGAAGUUCCAGAACAAAACGAACGGGAUCACGCCGCGGCGCUGGCUGGUGCUCUGCAACCCGGGGCUGGCCGACGUCAUUGCCGAGCGCAUCGGGGAGGAGUACGUGGCCGACCUGGACCAGCUGCGGCAGCUCCUCAACUUCGUGGACGACGACAGCUUCAUCCGCGACGUGGCCAAAGUCAAGCAGGAGAACAAGCUGAAGCUGGCGGCGCUGCUGGAGCGGGAGCAGGGGCUGCGGCUGAACCCCGGCUCCCUCUUCGACGUGCAGGUCAAGCGCAUCCACGAGUACAAGCGGCAGCUGCUCAACUGCCUCCACGUCAUCACCCUCUACAACCGGAUCAAGAAGGAGCCCAACAAGCCCUUCGUGCCCCGCACCGUGAUGAUCGGGGGCAAGGCGGCCCCCGGCUACCACAUGGCCAAGAUGAUCAUCAAACUCAUCACAUCCAUCGGGGACGUGGUGAACCACGACCCCAUGGUGGGCGACCGCCUCAAGGUGCUCUUCCUGGAGAACUACCGCGUCUCCCUGGCCGAGAAGGUGAUCCCGGCGGCCGACCUCUCGGAGCAGAUCUCCACGGCGGGCACCGAGGCCUCGGGCACGGGCAACAUGAAGUUCAUGCUCAACGGGGCGCUGACCAUCGGCACCAUGGACGGGGCCAACGUGGAGAUGGCGGAGGAGGCGGGCGAGGAAAACCUCUUCAUCUUCGGCAUGCGGGUCGAGGACGUCGAGGCGCUCGACCGCAAGGGGUACUGCGCCCACGACUACUACGAGCGGCUGCCGGAGCUGAAGCAGGUCAUCGACCAGCUCAACAGCGGCUUCUUCAGCCCCCGCCAGCCCGACCUCUUCCGCGGCAUCGUCAACAUGCUCAUGAACCACGACAGGUUUAAGGUGUUUGCAGACUACGAGGCCUACGUGAAAUGCCAGGAGAAAGUCAGCGCCCUCUACAAGGACACGCGGGAGUGGACCAGGAUGGUGAUCCGCAACAUCGCGGCCUCGGGGAAGUUCUCCAGCGACCGCACCAUCGCCCAGUACGCGCGGGAGAUCUGGGGGGCCGAGCCCACGCGCCACCGCAUCCCCGCGCCCGACGAGCCCCGCGAGUAGCGCCCGGACGCCUGGGCCCCCCCGAUGCUCCCUGCCCGGAUGCCUGGGCCCCCCCGAUGCUCCCUGCCCGGAUGCCUGGCUCCUCCCAGUGCUUCCCCCCCAGCGCGAGGAUGCUUCUGCCCGGACGCCUGGGCCCCCCAGCUCUCCCCGCCCGGACGCCUGGGCCCCCCGGCGCUCCCCACCUGGACGCCUGGGCCCCCCAGCUCUCCCCGCCCGGACGCCUGGGCCCCCCGGCGCUCCCCACCCGGACGCCUGGGCCCCCCAGCUCUCCCCGCCCGGACGCCUGGGCCCCCCGGCGCUCCCCGCCCGGACGCCUGGGCCCCCCAGCUCUCCCCGCCCGGACGCCUGGGUCCUCCCAGGGAGAGGCAGCCCCUUCCCCCCCCCAGCAUGUGCUAUUUUGGGGUCCCCAAAUCCCCCCCUUGGGGGAUCCCCCCCCCCACUGCCCCCCAGGUCCCCGUCUCCCGCCAGCCGGACGCCUGGGCCCCUUGCCCAGCUCGGGGGGGGGGGGCUGCCCCGGAGGGAGCCCAGGCGUCCGGGCGCUCCCCGGCUGCUCAGGGCUGCGUUGCCUGUUUUCUCCUUUUUUUUUUUUAAUGGUCCUUUUUAAUUUAUUUGGGGGGAAACGCUACUGCCCCCCCCCCGGGAAGCCGUCGGCUGGAGGGGGGGGGCUGGGCCCAGCAUCCGACUGGGAGAACUGGGCUCCCCUGUACGCGGGGGGGGGUCGGUGGCCCCCGGCCCCCCCCGGGCUGAGUCGUCGCUGGGAAAUAAAGCUGAGAAACCGCC